UAUUCAAUCAAUAUUUUAUGUUGCUGUCAAAUAGUUGCACUCUACUUACGUUAUAUAUUCCGACUGUUUUUGCACUUAUCGAUCCCGCUUUCCGUGUGCGGGUUGUAUUUUCAGCAGAACGAUGUCCGGGUUUUCAUACCCGAGGAAUCGUGGUGUCCACUUGGGGACGAGUUAACGAGUCGGGAAGAGGAGUUUUUUGAAUUGGUGGAGAUGUGCGAUCUGUCGGGAGUCGAAAAGUUCUUAGCCGACAAUCGGGUGAAUAUUAACAUGAAAAACUACCAAGGAAUUACACCGUUGCACCUGGCCAUAAAGAACGAUUGCGAACCGCUAGUCGAUUUGUUUUUACGUCAAAGAGACCUUCAGAUCGGCGACUCGGUGCUGUUCGCCAUAACAAACGACUCCCUUGGACUGUUGGUCAAGCUGUUGGACUACGCGGAGAACCGAAUCGGUAGCAAUGACGUGGCAAGUGUUUUCGACGAGUCCGAAGAGUUCCCGCCGUGUAUGAAACCACUGCUGUUGGCUGCGCUGUGCGGCCGAUACGAGACCGUUGACUUUUUGCUGAACCGCGGCCACAAGUUGCAGCGGCCGCACCCGCCGCAGUGCACGUGCGAGGAACGGUGCGUGAACAUAGACAACGUGGUGGCAGACGGUAUCGAGACGCUUAACACGUACCGGGCGCUCAUCAGCCCCACGUACCUGUGCCGCACGUCGGCCGCCGACCCGAUCUUGGCGUGCUUCAGGCUGCACGACGAGCUGUUGGAGCGAGGCAAGUACGAGCAGGUGUACGAGACCGUGUACACGUCCAUGGCGAUGCAGGUGAGACUGUUCGCGGUCAAUAUGAUUGUGAACUGCAGAACGUCCGAUGAAGUGAACGUGCUGCUGCAGAACCGGGACGGAUGCGAGUUUAGAGGCCCGUUCCCAUAUCCGAGACUGAUCACGGCCAUAGACCACAAACAGAAGGAGUUUGUGGGACACAUCAAUGUGCAGCAACUGCUCGAGUCCGCUUGGAUCGGCCACUGGAUCGAGUGGAAGUCGUACUCGACAUUCCGGAAGUGCGCGUACCUUGCGUGGCGGCUGCUCGUGCUGCCGUUGACAGUGCUUCUGGCCGUCCUGGCACCGUCCACGAGUAUGAGCCGCGACAGCCGGUUGCCGAUCAAGCGCAUGUUCGAUAGCGUGGCCGCGUACUCGGUGUUCCUGGUACUGUUGUUCGUACAUUCGAACGCGGACAAGUUCGAUGCGUGCCGCGGCAUGCCGAACUCUGUGCCGUGGGCGCUCGUGGGUUUGUUCGUGGCCGGUCACGUGGUAGAAAAAAUCAAGUUGCGGCUGCUGCAGGGCCCGCAACGAUACUUCAGAGAUUUAUGGAACGUGUUCGACACGGUCGAGCUGACGUUGUUCACCGUGGCGUACGUGGCAUGGGCCGUGGCCGGUUUCCAGUCCUAUUGGGUAAACGAUGACCUGGACCGUAAAUACUGGCACUGGGCCGAUCCGCAGCUGGUGGCCGAAGGCCUAUUCGCCGUUGCCACGGUCAUGGCGCACCUACGGCUGCUGUUCCUGUGUCAGCUUAACUAUUACGUCGGCCCGAUGCAGGUAUCGCUGGGUAAGGUGCUUAACGAUUUCGGCAGAUUCACCACGUUCCUGGUCAUCAUCAUGGUGGCCUUCACCUGCGGCCUGGGAACGUUGUACGGCCCGUACGCGGGCAUGGUGCGCAAGGAUCCGGAAUCGGGAAAGGUGACGCGGCAGGAGGAUUCAUUCGUCAGCGUAGCCAACACGUUCAAGACGUUGUUCUGGGGAAUUUUCUGUAUGACGUCUCUGGAGGCUCCCAACGUGGUGGUGGGCAGUACCUCGGCCGGCCGUGAUGACAUGGACGUGCAGAGCCACGAUUUCACGCAGCUAGUGGGUUACGGGCUGUUUGCCGCUUUCGAAGUGAUGAUGGUUAUCGUCAUGUUGAACAUGCUCAUCGCCAGUAUGUCGGACACUUUCGAGCGGGUGGCCGACAACGCCGAGUACGAGUGGCUGUUCGGCCGCACCAAGGUGUACGUAAACUACAUGUUGCUGGACGAUCUGCCGCCACCGUUCAACUUGUUGCCCACCACGACCCAAUUCAUGCGCGUCAUGCGACGUCUGUUCUCCAGCUCGGCUGCUUACAAGAGAAUUCGCGAUGACGUGGUGGACGACAUCAACGAUGUCCACCGCCGUCAGUCACAGUACCGUGCGCUUAUGACCGAGCUGAUCAAACGUUAUUUCAUACGCACUACGCAAAUCGACCGAUUCGAAUGAUUUAUUACUCCGCAAUUUCGUUUUUUCACGCAGUGUGAUUUGUUUCAAAUGUGUUUUCAUAUGUGUGUUCGAACGGACUAACGAAACAUCAUGUUUUUCUUGUGUUAAAAUAUUAUUUCAUGCACCGUAUUACCUAGUUAGAAAAUGGAUUCAAAAAUCUCUUCAGAUCUAUCAAUUUUCGACUUUAUCUGUAGUUUAAUGCAUUGAUCGAUAAUUAUUUAGGUACCUAUUGAGUAUCGAUGACAACACUUUCCAUUGAUCAAUUAUUAAUCAAUAUAAAUAUAAUGUUAAUGAAUACGUUGAAUAAAAUAAAUAAUAUUGUACCUAUAACAUCCUAAGUUCCUGGUGUUAAUCGUAUUAUGUAAUAAUACAGUAUACCUAUAAUACUUAUGCUGUUUAGAUCGAUAUUGGUACUGUUAUAAAUAUUUAUUUUAUCUGCCAAAAUCAAAAUCAAUGGCCCUUAUAUAAAAUGGCUCGGUCGAUGAUCGCCACAAUACCACUCGAGUCAAUCCACUUCUGGCUGCAGUAUCCGAGAAUUCAGUAGUAUAAA